AUGCUGUUGUUGCUAUUAUUUUUAUUAAAAACAGAAGACGUUUCACCACUUUCUUCAUCAGAUGUGAACGUUGCUGUGUCAUACUUUGGAUAUAGAGAUGUACGACAUCUUUGUUAUUUGUCCUGUGAAAAUCCAACAGAUAAUAAAAUAAUUGCUAACCGAUUCAUUUCCCAUGGAAUACGAACUUCAGUAAUGAUGGUAGAAAAUCACGCUCAAGACCUGGAUCAAACUUUAAAACACUCAAAUAUUCCUAUUGGGGUGCUUAUAAGUGCAUCAUGCAAGCAGAAAAUGCACAUACUAACAAAGGCAUCAAAACAGAAUUUAUUUGACGCUAUGCACUUAUGGUUGGUAAUUAACAACAUGAAAGGCAAUACGAGCGAGAACCUGCAAGUAGAAAAAGUUCUUAUGCAUCUGAAUCUGAGUAUCAAUUCAGAUAUUGUAAUGGCGUAUUAUAGAGGUGAUAGUUACGAAUUGAAUGAUAUAUUUAACUACGGAAGGAUUCAAGGCAACGAUCUAGAACAAAUGUUUUUGGGAACAUGGGAUAAACAAAACGGUAUACGGAUGUUGCUGAAUAGGUUCAAGUAUUACGAUCGAUGGAAUUUCAAUAAUUUAACUUUAAGAGCAGUUUCGGUGAUAUUAGAGCGUCCAAAAGUAUUCAAGCCGGAGAUGCUGACAGACCCUGGUUACACCGCAGGUGUCUCGGCUAUGACUAAAAUAGUCGCACAGCUGCUCUCCGUACUAAUGGAACAACAUAAUUUUAGAUUUAACUAUACUAUAGUUGGACGCUGGAUUGGUUCACCUGAAAGGAACACUACUCUGGCUGUGACUAAUUCCUUGUAUUGGGGCGAACAAGAUAUAUCUUGUACAUGUGCAAGGAUUUUUCCAAAAUGGCUUAACUGGGUGGAUAUUUUCUUUCCUGCAGUAACCACACUCGAGACUAAAUUUUACUAUCUAAUCCCUGAGAAAGGGGUUGGAGACUAUGAAAAUCGUUUUCUGACACCAAUGUCUCCAAGUGUGUGGUGGUGCUCGUGCGUAGUCGGGAUAGCAUGUAUCGUUAUACUAGCCAUUGCUGCAAAAAUAGAAAAAAGACAAGAACCUUAUUCCUACGCUUUCUUCAGUGUUUUUGCUACAACAUGCCAACAAGAAUAUGAAGAUGGAGUUCAAGCAAUACAGUCAACUUUUUCAAGUCAAGGCCGGCGAGUUAUCCUCCUUGUGGUAGGAUUAACCAGUAUGCUACUUUAUAACUACUACACCAGCAGUGUGGUUUCUUGGCUUUUGAAUGCUGCUGUUCCCACUCUUCAUAAUUUGGAUGCAUUGAUGAGUAGCGAUUUAGAACUAGUCUUUGAAGAUAUUGGAUACACUAGGGGAUGGCUUGAGAAUCCAGGGUUCUUUUACUACAGUGGAUUUAAAAAUCCUAAAGAAGAUAAACUCAGGGACAAAAAAGUUGUCAAUGCCAAGCGUACUGUAGACCUGUUGCAGUCAGUGAAUACAGGAAUAGAGCUGGUGCGAACUGGUGGUUACGCUUAUCACACUGAACCAUAUACUGCCUACCAAGUCAUUUCUAAGACUUUUGAUGACACCGAGCUUUGCAAGUUGGGCUCGUUGCAAAUGAUGCAACCAGCUCCAGUUUAUAUUAUGGCCCAAAAAGAGAGUCCAUAUAAAGAAUUUUUUAUUUGGAGCCUAAUGCGUCUUCAAGAGCGUGGACACAUAAAGGCUUCGCGGGAUCGAGUGGGUGGCUACUCCUUUGAAUGUUCGGGUCGCACUCCGCGUGCUUUAGCAUUAGGGCAGGCAGCACCUUCAUUUGCCGUACUGGCAGAAGCAGCUUUAUUAGCUGUGGUUAUUUUGACAAUAGAAAUAUUAUGGCACAGGUAA